GGUUCUCUUUGUGGCUCUGUUAGAUGAGGGGACCAACCCCUCCUACACAUGGACCAUGGGAGACCAGAACACCUAUGUCAAUGCCGGUGCGGAGGUGUCCCACCCGUUUAUCUCCAGCGGUGUGUUUGAGGUGUGUGUGUUGGCAGAGAACCGGGUUGGCAGCGUAAGCUGCUGUGUCUCCAUCUCUGUGCUCCAUUCGAUGCAACCUGUGACCGUUCACACGGAGAGGCGGGCAUAUCCCACAAACACCGACAUAUCAUUCCUGGCCUUGACGGAAGAACCGGACCCUGUGGAAUUCACGUGGCACUUCGGAGAUUCCCGGCCAGUCCGGACCACUUCCCGCUUCGUCAGGAAGAGAUACAACACACCUGACAGGUACAGCGUGGUGGUGCUGGCGUCCAACGGGCCGAGCUCCGUCACCUCCCAGGCCCAUCCUGUCCUGGUCCAAAGAGCGGUGCAUGCUAACCGGCUGCUCCUCCAGCCCUCUGUGCUCCUCAACCAUGCCGCCAACUUCACCUGUCGGACCAACGCUGGGACCGACCUGUCCUAUGCCUGGAGCUUUGGAGACGGAACAUCGAGAACGGGAGGGAGCAUGGAACAGCAUGUGUUCCACAGGACAGGAGAGUUCACAGUUGAGGUGACCGUCUCUAACCUGGUCAGCUCCGCCUCCCUGACGGCACAGAUGUUUGUGGUCGACCGCCCCUGUGAGCCUCCACCUGUUAAAAACAUGGGCCCCCUCAAAAUACAGGUGCGGAGGUACGAGAUGGUGCGUCUGGGCGUGACGUACGAAGGUGAGGUCCGGUGCGACGUCUCCCGUGGCCUGGAGUACCGCUGGUCGCUGUACUCCUCUGCAGGCCUGCCGGUACACCUGGGCCCGGUUCACGCAGGCAGACAGAGCAUCACCCUGCCCAGCCACUUCCUACACUACGGUGUCUACACAGCGGUGGCCAGGGUCCAGGUGGUGGGCCAGGUUGUGUACAGUAACUACAGCGUCCGCGUGGAGGUGGUCCCCAGCCCCCCGGUCAGCGACAUCCAGGGGGGGAGCAACGUGUUCAUCAGCAGGGGGAACGGCAGCGUGAUCACCCUGAACGGGCAGCAGUCCUACGACCCAGACUACCCCAUGAACCAGCUCAGCUUCAGCUGGACCUGUAAGCCAAUCAGUGCCCUCGACAGCUCCUGCUUUGACCAAUACGUGCCCACCUUGUUCUCCGCGGUCGUGUUUCCCGUGGGGUUCCUGAAACAGGACUUUGACCAGUUCAGGUUCUCGCUCACCGUCCGGAGUGGAGAACGGACAUCCAGCGCUGACACCUUCAUCACCAUCACCCCUCGCCUGGUCAGGAAGGUGUCUUUGUAUUGGUACCAAGGCCCGGGCGAUUCAGUGAACUGGGACCAGUCGUUCUCAGUCAGAGCUGUGUGUGAGAACUGUGGCCCCGUCUCCAGAACCGUCCGCUUCGCCUGGACCCUCUACCUGGUCAAAUCCUCCCGUCAGGUGGAGACUGGGGUGCCCUUCUGUCACAGUGUGGAUCUGAGUGCUCCCUCCAACAUCAUUGGUGUUCCUCCGCUAACCCCGCCCCCUUCCCUGACAUCCCCACGCCCACGCCGCACCUCUCACGCAAGCAGGGUGACUUCGUCAAACACAGUCGGCGGAACAUCAGUCCCGGGCAGCUUGGUGACCCAAAGUCCCAGCGUCUCGGCCAACCACCCCGCAAGGUCCUCCCCGGAGCCCGUCUCCGAUCCAGUUGGCUUCGUUUCCAGUGCACCUGAGCCGGACGUGGAAGGGUCUGGCCCCUCUGGGCCACCAUACUCCAUCUCGGACGUGGUUGACCUUGACAAUGGCAGCCUUCUUUACUCUGGCAUGCCCGGCCGGAGCGACGCCACCGAGGAAUACUCUUUGAGUCCUGAUUUGCCCCCUGACUAUGACCCUGUCCGGGAGAGUGGAGAUGCGGAACGACGUUCCAUUGAGGGCUCUUAUGCUGGAGAGACCUUUGGUGGUGGAUUGUUAGGAACCUUUGUUCCAGAGGUGGGACUGGAGGGCAAUGAGACACUACUCGGACCAGCAGACUAUGAUGAUCCCUUCCUGGGAAUAGAGGAGGGAGACUCUGGUGUGUCCGGAGGAAGACCAACAGGUGUGGAUGGCGGGAGCUAUGGAAGCUCAGGGGGAGACUCUGCUCCUGCUAUCCCAGAGUCAGGUGAGGAUGAGGAGAGUAACCUCAUGGAUUCCAGCCCCUCCCUGGUGGUCCUUGAUCCCACAUUACUGGACCUGCCCAGAGAACUGGUACAACGGGAGCUGUUUGAGUCCUACACGUACACAGGAAUCUCGUCGGCUCUCAUCAUGUUCAAACCCUUCACUCUGAGAGCAGGCAGCAAAUACAUGUUGGAGGUCACUGCCAACUCCCAUGAUGCAGUAGUGGGGCAGACUCAGCUCUUCCUGUCCACUAGCCCAACCCCCCGAGGAAUGACCUGUCAGGUGCAGCCGAGCAGCGGCGUUGAGUUACACACACACUUCAGCAUCUUCUGCACCUCUGGAAGAGAGGACCUGCUGUAUGAGUUCAGUUUCAGUAUUGGACACAGAACUCCUAUGAUCCUGUACCAGGGAAGAGACUUUCAGUACUAUUUCAACCUGCCCUCAGGAGACCCAGAUGAUGGAUAUAAAGUUACUAUCUAUACAGAGGUCCGGAACAGGUUUGGAACAGCAACUAGACCGUGUCCUGUGACCGUCACAGUCCUACCAAGCUUCAGCAGGAACUCCUCUCACUGCAACCCAAAUACGGAACUGUUUGAGUCAGGUCUGAGGAACCUGUCUGCUCUGGUCCAGCUGGGAAACACUGGAGAGAUCCGUAAUUACGUCCACCUCCUGUCCAUCGUCCUUAACAGACUCACUCAGGACCCUGUUACCGACACACAGACACACACACACACACGCACCGCUCUCAUCCAUGUCGUGUGUCAGCUGGACAUCAGCGACCAGGUGUCCAUGAUAGAUGCCAUCAACCUGCUAAAAGACCUGAUGCACAUCAGCCACCAGGUUUCCCUGGCCAGUGCCAGAGCGGUGGUGGAUCAGGUCCAGUCCAUCUCAGACCGGUUCCACCAGCCCAGUGUCCCGGUUGCGUACCUACUGGACAGUUGGACCCUCCAUGCUCUGGUCACGUUGCUGUCGUACAGUCUGGAGGCCGCCGCUCCCGCGGACGGCCUCGUACGAGACAAGGCCUCCGUUGAUGAUGUCAUACCGGCGCGGCCUACUGAUGACCUCGUACGGGACAAGGCCUCCGUUGAUGAUGUCACACCGGCGCGGCCUACUGAUGACCUCGUACGAGACAAGGCCUCCGUUGAUGAUGUCACACUGGCCAGACCUACUGAUGACCUCGUACGAGACAAGGCCUCCGUUGAUGAUGUCACACCGGCCAGGCCUACUGAUGACCUCGUACGAGACAAGCCCACUGAUCAUGUCAAAUGGGCCACGCCUACUAAGCUUGCCAUGCAGCUGACAAGGGAUGUUCUUCAGACCACAGCUCAGUUACUCCUGAAAUACGUCCUCUUCAAUGAGGCCCGACAUUACAACGUGACCACCAGUGUCAUGGAUCUGCAGAUGACUCAGCACAGCCGCGGUCAAACCACAGUCAUCCGCUCCGGCUCGGCUACGGUCCACCUGCCUGAGUGCUUGGACCUGGUCCUGUACGGUCAGAAAGGGAGGGAGACCGCGGAUCGACCACAGAGUCUGUGUGUCUUUUGCCAACUGACCACGUUCACACACAACCCUUACUUCUGGGCCAAGACGGCUGUUCAGUUGACAGGGCCAGUGAUUGACCUGACUCUGUACAACUGCAGCACGAGGAGAGAGGUUCCAGUGCGCUCGCUCUCCCAACCAAUCAACACUGUAUUCCCCAAAACACCUACAAAUCUAAGUUCUGUAUACGAGUUCACUCUGCUGCAGAGCCAGGUGAACUACCACAGCUUCAACAUUACCCAGCAGGCCUUGCAGGAGGCCAUACAGGUCAGCGUGGAGUUCAUGUGGCCACCCAACAACACCUUUCCCAUCAUGCUGCUCUUCCGGAUGUUUGAAAAGCCAACUCCCAGCUUGUUUCACAUCCAGAGCAUCUAUCGAUGGGACAGAAACACCCACCACAUCUCCCUGCCCCCGUCAUACCUCAGCGCUGUAGGGACAGGCUACCUGGCUCUACUCAACGCUGACUACAACAAGACCCUUCAACACAUGUACCCGGGCGGACAGGUUAACUACACCUUGAGAGUGGAGACCAGCCAGUGUCUGUCCUGGGACCACCAGCAGGGCUGGAUGCAUGAAGGAUGCACACCUGGUCUGGGACUGACCUCACACUCCGGGGUCAGCUGCAGCUGUAGCCACCUGAGACCGUUGACUGUGGUCCAACAGCAGAUCCAGAUCGCUCACGAAGACUCUGAGGACCUGAUCCAGUUCGUUAGCCUGGUCAGUGAUGCGACUGUAGUGUGUGUGUGUGUGGUGUGUGUGUGUUUGUAUGCCGUGGGAACGACAAUGUGUAAGAGGGCUGACAUCAUCUCAGAGAAGAACCAGGAGGUCCACUACCUGUCUGACAACUGUUGGUCAGACACACACCUCUACUGUGUCACCAUUCAUACCGGCCUGCGCUCAUCAACCAGCAUGUCUGCCCAGGUAUACAUUGUCCUGUAUGGGGAGGACGGGGCAUCACUGACAAGACAACUACAUGUCCCAGAAUGCCCUCUGUUCAGAAGAAACUCCAGGGACACGUUUAUACUAAGCUCUGCAGACUGCCUGGGUCCCCUGUGGGGGGUGCGCCUGUGGCAUGACAGCACGGGCUCCUCUCCCAGCUGGUACCUCAGACAGGUGGAGGUGUGUGAGGUGAAGGACAAUGGGCGGAGCUGGCUGUUCCUAGGCCGGUGCUGGUUGGCUGUUGAUGAGGGUGAUGGGCGGGUGGAGAGGAGACUCAGGGUCCGCCAACAGGGGCCAGGGUUCACUGAGCUGCUGUGUCUGAAGCUGUCGGAGUACAUGUCUGAUUUCCACCUGUGGCUAUCUGUGUACGGUGGCCCAGCCCCCAGUGCGUUCACACGCACGCAGCGCCUCAGUGUGUGUGUGCUGCUGUGUCUGGGCUACAUGUGUGUCAACGUGCUUAUCCUAUCAGGCUUCGAGGACAAGCGCACCUCAGAGCUUGGCCUCGUCGACGUCUCUGUCGUUUCCCUGACGACAGGGCUUCUCAGCGCUCUGACUGUGUUGCCUAUAGCGACUGCGGUAUCCCUCCUGUUCCGUCAGCGUAAGGUCGGAGUAAAAAGGUCAGCGGUCAAACAAGAAACGGUCAGACUGCAGGGCAUCUACUCGCUAGAGGUGGAUUCCCUGACGGUGAGUGACUCCUGGAACAAUCUGCAACGGUGGGCACAGGAGGCCUGGGGGCCGAAAUACGAGGCCUCGUCUCUCUGUAGUCAGGAUCAGCUAAACCAGGACAACGACUACUCAGAAGGCAGAUCCAGUGGUUGUGGAGAGGAGGGGGUCAGCCGUAACAGCUCGGUGGCCAGGCCAGCAGGCGCCACUGUCCCGGAAGAUAUGAAUGUUUGCCAGGAGAGGGUUCAUAACCUCCGGGAUAACAGCUCCAAACUGCCAGGCAACAUCCAGACCAGCGGAGAGUUAGGGGGGAGAGUCAGUCAUCUAACCCGCUGGUGUCACCCCCUAGCCUGGGUACUGUGUCUGGUUCUGGGCCUUCCUUCUCUGGUGGUGACUGUUGUCUUUGGGAUCAGGUUCAGCAGCACUAAAACCCUACUGUGGAUCCAUUCCCUGUUCAUCUCCUUGAUCUCCUGUGUCUUCCUCCUUCAGCCAGCCAUGAUUCUUGCUGGGGCCAUGGUGGUCUCCUUCUGGCAUAGGAAGAGUCUGGACAUUGCCAGUGUCUUUGGAGUGACUAGGUUUCAGGCAAAGGUUCUGAAACUGUGGAACCAAAAUGGCUCUGGUGUCCCUGAGGACUUUCAGCUUAGCCCUCAUCAGCCUCAACAGAGAUGCCCGUACUUCGACAGGGUUCUGAAGGCUCGUCAGAGGGCUCGGUACCUACGCCUGAUUGGUCCACCUACUCCUGGGGAACUGAGGAGAACAGCAGGGAGAAGGAUGAGAGAAACACUCAUCCACAAAACACUCAGAGAGAUGGCAGUGUGUGUUUUAAUGCUGUUCCUCCUCCUGUGCAUGACCUAUGGGAGCUUCCCUGCAGAUCAUUGUCGCCUCACCCGCACCAUCCAAACCCAGUUCACCAGGAGCCCUUCUAACCCGUUCCUGUCCGUCCAAACACACGAGGAGUUUUGGAACUGGACACUGUUGAGUCUAGUGGAUAGUCUGCCCUGGCGCCCCUGGAAUAAUAACACACAAGAAACUGGGAAGGCAGAUGCCAGCCAGGGAACAUUUAUUCUGACAGGAGAGCCCAUCUUGUGGAAAAUCGAUUCCUCCAAGUUAUUCACGUGCCAGGUGCCUUCUGCCAUGGCUAACCUUUUCCCAGAAUGCCUCACAGUAAACACCCCUGGAGUCUCUGACGGCCAUAAUCUCUGCAGUCGACUACGGAGUUACACUGGCAACAAGAUCGCGGUCCGGUUGAGCCUUACACGGUCAGAGUGUGUGUCCAGAUUAGAGUUCCUGAGGUCCACUGGUUGGCUGGGCAGGCGGACGAUAGCCACGGCAACCCACUUUACUCUCUACAGCCCCUCCAGCAACCAGCUGGCCAGCGUGACCCUGCUGGCUGAGAGGUCACUUGGCGGAGCUUUGCAUACCUCCGUCCAUGUGGAGUCAGCCAGGCUUUAUCACACCCCCACGGCCUGGUUCUACUUCAGUAUGGUCAGCCAGCACCUCUUCCUCCUCGUCUCUCUGAUCCAGCUCAUCCUUCAUAUCUGUUCUGCCAGGGAGAAAGACAUGCUGGGGUACUGCAGAGACCCUAGGUCCUGGCUGCAGGUCGCUAUUCUCCUUUUAGUCCUGGUGUAUUUUGUUUACCAAGUCAACCGCUCCAUUCUGUCUCUGGAGGUCAUUGACCUACUGCAAAGACAAGGCUUCAGAGCGCACAUCGACCUCAGCCUACUGUUUACCUGUGAACUGCACACCCGGACACUGUGUGGGGUACUGCUCCUCCUCCUGGCCGUCCAGAGUGUGUGUUUGAUGGGGGUUAACAGAGCCACGACCGCCUCACUGACUCUCCUUAAACUCACCUUCUCCAGACUCAUCUGGCCUAUGCUGUCAGGAGCCGUCCUGUUGUUGGCUCUGUGCAUUAUGGGAAAUGUACUAGUACUCAGGGGGCCUUGGGAAGUCAGCACCCUGGCCCGCUCUCCCCCCACCAGCCUGUCCCUCAGUAGGGACACACCAGGCUCCCGGGCCCCAACCCUGUCCUCUCAGCCCCACAAGCUCCACACCUCCUACAGCCAGUCUCCUCUCUGUCUAGCCCUCAUGGUGGCCUGGACAACACUGGUGAUUGGAGUCGUCUCUUCAUUGGUGGGGGUUGCUAAGCGAGCUGGUCAGAGGAGGAGCCAACUGACUCUCUCUGACUUGGUUGGCUACAUCAGGGACUGGGCGGCUGUUUCAAUUGGUCGGCGCAAACUGAGAAGGACAGAUGUCUACACCGAUAGCAAAACUUUUUAUCUGCAGGAGUUUGAGAGCCUGUUGGAUGAGCUGCUGUUCAGACUGAACUCCUUGUCUAACAAUCAGCAAAACACCCUGCCUCCUAAAGACAUCUUCAACAGGGUGCACAGUCCUUUCCUGUGUCCUACCCUGAGUCCUUCCAGCCUGGCCUCCCAGCGGUCUGGUGUCAGCGAGAUAGCACAAGUUACUGAAGAGACGCUUCUCAGUUACCACCCUGAUGUGAGAAACCUCCCACUGACACUCACUACAACAGGUUGGAGCUUGACUUAAAAACCCUCCAGAAUCGUCAUCAGAGAGGCCAAGGAAGACCGACUCCAGCACCGGCCAGGGCACUUUUAGGUGGGGUUGGGACGUAUCGCAGUCCCCUGUGUGCUGAGACACCCAGGAGGACACCAAGAGAACACUCAUCGUUCCCCUCAGAGCUCCACCUCCAGAACUCGACCUCCUUAGAUGGGCCAUGGUGCCUCUCCUCCCCAAACUUGGAGUACCCGGCUUCUGCUCAGAAAGGGAAAAACCCACCUCAGACCCAUAGACUACCCGACUGGAUGGAUAGUCAGCUUGUCAAAACUGUGAGCGGUCACUGGACCACUGUGGUUCAGUCGGGUGGAGAGAUCUACAAACGGCCCAUGCACAGCCAAAAAGCUGGGUCGGAGAAGCUCAACCCAGGACAGAAGCAUGUAUCUGGGGUGAUGGCUGGCUGUGGAGGGCCACACACAGCUGUGGUUGAGGUCAUGGUCCAUAGAAUCCCAGAGACUGAAACAGAGGAGGGGGAGGAAAUCCUAGGAACAGUCAGACAGUACUGGGGCUGACACUGUGAAUGUAUUCAUUCACCACUGUAAGCCGCUCUGGUUGAGUGCGUUGGCUAAGUGUUAAAUGUUAUGUUUAGGUCCAUGAAUCAGAGAAGGAUCUAAUAAAGAAGUUGCAUCUUUAAAUGUGUGGAGUAGGGUUGCACAUUUCCUUUCAAUACAUUCCCUGGUUUUGCAUAAAUCCUGAUUGCUGCUUUCCAGAUUCCAUGCUCGUUCCUCCUGAUUCCAGAAAUCCUUCAACCGGAAUUUGGGUAAAAUCUGUGAAUUAAUUACAAGGUCCCUAACAUUUGCAACCUUGUGUGAAGUCAGACAUGCUUAAUUAUGUAUUCACUAGGCUGUGUCAUUAUGCAUAAUAAAAACAACAUA